GCGGUCCCGGGGUCUCUCAUCUUCAUGACGAUGGUUGUGACGAACCCUUACGCCGGACUCCUUGCCGACAAGUACGGUCAUCGUCCAGUCAUCUUUGUUGGAGGCGUCAUCUCCUCGCUGGCUAUCCUAGCAAGUUCCUUCGCCACAGAUUUCACCAUGCUCACCAUCAUGUACGGCUUGGUUGGAGGUAUUGGGUUUGGACUGAGCCACAUGCCUGCAGUUGUGAUGCUGAGUCACUACUUCGAUACGAAGAUCGGUACAGCUACAGGCCUGGCGAUGUCAGGAACAGGACUGGGCACCAUCUUCAUGUCCGUCGCCACACAGUACCUCGUCGACGAGUUUGGUUGGCGAGGGACCAUGAUGAUCCUCAGUGCCAUCAACGCCAACUUGUGUGUAGCCGCAGUUGUGAUGAGACCAGUCAAGCUAGGUCUGCGUCGCAUGACCCCCGCCGAAGAGGCUAAACUAAGUUCAAAGACCAAAGCAAGGCAUCAAGGCAUCACCUACAAAGAACUGCCUCGGGAUGAUCACCAAGAAGAUAGUCCUUGCAUCACAUCAAAUCCUAUGCAUGAACCUAAAGCUUUAAAUGGUGAUGUUCUUCAGACAAACCAAGAGAUUAAUGGAAACAUCGAAUCCAAUUCACAAACUGAGAAGUCCAACAAGAAGGAUGUUGUUCUUAAAUUCAAGGGUUCCACACCAAACGGAACUGUCGGAACCGUUGAGAUUGUAAGCAAGAGCGUCAAGGGAGCAGAGGUCAACGGAGAAAAGGCUUGUUUCGCUUGCUGCAAAGUUUGGUCCUGCUGUGUGGCAUUCCUUGAUUCCGUGUACAGCUUUGCACUUUGGAAGAACGCUAUGUACCUCUCAUUCCUGAUGGGGAUCAACCUCACAUUCUUCGGAAUGACCAUCAUCUCUGCACAUGUGGCAAAGCGGGCUCUGGAGUAUGGUAUCCAUGACGUUCACAGUUCCUUGCUGGUAGCAGUGUUAGGUUUGAGUCAAGCAGCCGGACGAGUCCUGUCAGGUCCCCUGGUUGACCGGUGUAGGCUUAACCCUCUCCUUCUCUACCAAUCCAUGGCUGCAUUAUGCGGGGUAUCAAUCAUCGUUAGUAUCUACCUCAAGUCAUUCUCAGGUUAGUGCAUUAAAGUGGAGUUAACAAUUCUGUAUGGGAACUGUACCAACCAAGGGUCUGAGAGUAAUGAGAACAAAGAUGUGCACGUCGUUACACACUCGAUAUAUAACAUGCACACUCCAUGGAAAUAUCGCUUUUUACAUCGCGACACUCAUCUGGAUAAUGUCAUGAAAACCAAGAAAACGGAGUGUGAGAGUGUUCCCGCCUGUAAAGAAUGAUUGCUUGGUUAUAUUUCCUUAUUCUCAGAGUCCGACCUACCUGUCUUGAACAAGUCUUUAACCCUCAAAGGUAUUACCAAAUUAUCGGUAAAAUAAAGAUUUUCUUUAAAUUAAAAAUCAAACUGGGGCAAUAUCUACCCCCCCCCCCUCCCACCAACACAAAAGAUAACUUUGAAUGUAAUCUGUUUAUGCAUUUUUUUAACUCGAUAAAUAAUUAUGUAGUGUACAUGCAUUUAUCUAGAUUUUUUCAAGCCUCUGUCACCAACUCUCACUUCCUCCCUAUGUCUCUCACGCGUACAAGAACACACCCUCACCCACAUAAUUCAUACACGCAUACCCACCCCACACACAUGUCAACUUAUUUCCUGACUGUUUCCUAACAUGCCUCUCUCACCCUGUCCCUCUGCAUACAUACUAGUACCCUACACUCACGCACCCUCACCCACGCUGACAUACCUUCUGCAAGCACACACCCAAUCCCACACACACACCCGUCAGUUUAUUUUGUCUGCCGCCACCCCUCUCUCACUGUCUCUGUCUGUCUCUCUCUUCCACCUGUAUUCGGACAAAGUGUGACCACAACAUUGCACUUUUACUUGUUUUGUUGGGAUUCUUUUUAUAUAUUUUUGUCACAGCUGAUAAAUACUGAUAUUGAACUUUAUCUCUAGCCCUGAUGCCCGCCAAGCACAUCACCUUGCUCAUGUAAAACAAUCUUACAUCAUUACUGUUACACUUGUACUCUCACACAAACACUACGGUGUCUGUUGAUUGGGCAACACACAAAGUAGUCAUAUAAAGUCGGCCAUGCUUCAAACCCCUAAACAUUAUAUGCCCGUAUUCUGAAGUCUGGUUUAAUUUAAACUCUGGUUAAAAAUUUUGGUUUAGGUAUGGAUAGCCAAUGGUGACAUAAAUCUCUAACAGUAUAAUUUCAAUGUAGCAGCUCAUUUUUCUCUCAAAUCAUUUUAACUGCUUCGGAAGGAUAAAUAAGAUAGCUUUCUCCACCACUCACGAGUUAGAAAAGAGCACAGUAAACAUAAAAACAUACAAUGUGAGGAAAAUCUAGACCUUUUUGGCUUUCCAUAAUUUUAUCACAGAGUUCGACCAUGGUCUAAGUUCUACCUGACUUCAGAAUACGUGCCAUAGGCUCUUUGUCUCAAAAGGAACGUGAAUAUGGCCGAUUUCCACGAUUGAUUGCGUUGAUAGUUAUGUACAAUUAAUCGUUAUCACUAAUCUACAAUCGAUCGCUAUUCAGACUUCUGUUGUGGGGCUCAUUUCCGAUACAAGACGCGUCAUCAAUGUUUUAAACUUAUUUUUGUUAAUCCCAGACUAUGAAAUGUAGUUUGACGUCAAAUGGUAGUCAUGGCAAAUUUUCAAGGUACUAUGGUACUUAAUUCUAAUUGAC